UAAAUCAUUUUAUACACUAAAACUGUGACCUGCCCCAUCAUCCAUCUUAUGACUGGAGAACGCGGGUCGAGCCUGAGACGUGUGUUGCACUUAAUAAAGGAGGUGAUGAACAUCUGCGCCCUGUUCGAUCACCUGCAGUACAGCCCAGCCCAGCCCAGCCAAGCGUGAGGGAAGCAUUGCCAUACUGAAGUGGAGCAGCCGCGCGUCACUCUCUCUCUCCAGAAUUCAGAGGCGCUUUUCAGAGUGUCAGACCAGCUCGGUGGAAAUCAUGUCUUUGAACACUAUGAAGAAGAGACCAUUCGAAUAAACGUUAAAUAAGGCCCCUGACUGGAACAAGUCUGUUUGAAGUUCACUCCAUUAUCUACUCAAGUGAAACACGUGAGGAUGCGCGCGGCAGUCGGAAUCCUUUGUGCUUUGAUUUUCCUGGUCUCGUUCAGCCAUGGCGCGAGAGUUGUGAGUGGUCAGACAGUGUGUCAGGGCAGUCCUGAGGAGCCGUGCUAUAAGAUUGCUUACUUCAGGGACGUGUCGAGUCGUGUUGCAUUCUGGGAGGCUCAGGAUGCGUGUGAAAUGGAUGGCGGUUCGUUGCUGAGCAUUGAGAACACAGCAGAGCAGAAGCACAUCGAACAUCUUCUGCGGGAACUCAGCAUCUUCACUUCCACUGGUGCUUCCAGCGGGUCGGGCAACACAGACGGAGACUUCUGGAUCGGGUUGACACGUGUGGAGGACGAGACGGCACAGGAACCUGGCAGCUUUGCCUCGUGUCCCAACCUGUACAGGUGGACAGAUGGAAGUGUCUCACAGUUUAGAAAUUGGUAUGCUGAUGAACCAUCCUGUGGAGGAGAAGCUUGCGUGGUCAUGUAUCACCAGCCUACAGCUCUCGCUGGGCCUGGUGGGCCGUAUCUUUACCAGUGGAAUGAUGACAGGUGUAAUAUGAAGCACAAUUUCAUCUGCAAGUAUGAACCAGAAAGUUACCUGGUAAAAGUGCAGAGCGACACGCCUGGAGGGCCUGAUGUUGAUCUUUCCUCAGAAGAACAAGAGGGGAGGAAAACAUCUCCUGUUGACCAGGAUGAGAACCCCCAACUUGUAAUGCCAGGGCACUCAAGUAUGCUGCUAAUCUAUGUGAUUAUCCCUACCAUCCCUCUCCUCUUGCUGAUCCUGGUAGCUUCAGGAACGUGCUGUUUCCAGAUGUUGAGCAAGAGUAAUCCACGGACCAAAACGAACGUUAACCAAUCAACUCUCUGGAUCUCCAAGACACCAAAGAUAGACAGUGGCAUGGAAGUUUAAAGAAUCAUCUCUACGAUUCAAACAGCUCCCUUUUUUCUGGCUUUGUCAUCUAUGUUGCUUGAUCGGCAACAUUCUCGCCCGGUUGUUAGUUUAGUGUGUGAUUUAAUAUACUAGCUAAAAUGUGCAGCACCGGCAGAGCAGUUACACAUAUAUCGCAUUUCUGUACAUAUGUUGUGCUCUCACAAAUUACUUAAGUCUAUGACUUUUCUGUUCACUCCCAUGACCUUCGUCUCUAUUUCAUGUUUCUAGUCAGAUAGUCUGACCUGAAUCUACUGCUGCUUAGGGAGGGUGAAUACUAAUUGGGACCAAACACAGUGAGCAAUUAAAUUACUGUAAUUAAAGCAAGUACAAGUGGGAACCACAUAAAAAGAGGAAUUAAGACAUAGGCAGAGCGUGGCCAUGGGGA